AAAGUUAAGGCCAUAACGGCGUCAAAGUGUGUUUACUGUUAGGCGGCCCGACAAAGCUCGUGCGCCGAAUGAAAUUGAAUUUGCUGCGAUCAGUCUGCCAGCAGCUUGGCUCACGAGCGGACGCUUCAAACUCUAUACAGCUGUUGUCGUCGGCACAGAAAAACAUACGAACCAAAAACCCGUUUGCAAGCUGCCCGCGCCGUCGCCGUCCUCGUCUCGUUCUGCGACUGCGCAAAGUGUUUCGUAAUUUUGAACAGCAGCAACAGCAGCAGCAGUUGCAACAGCAACAGCAACAGUUGCUGAGCGCGAGCAACAUUUCUGCUGUGUUGUGUGCCAGUUUCAUUUUUUGUGUCUGCAGUGCUCGCCUCUUUUUGCUAGACGCUUUUCAUUUCACGUGUGUCGCGUGUGUGGAAAUGUUUUUCGAAAUGCAUCAAGUGUUGAAAUCAUAAAUAAAAUAUAUAUUGCGGCCAAGUGAUGUGCGAUACGCACGACAGACCAGGACAACAAGCAACACGUGAGAUUCGAACGAGGAGGCAGGAUUAUGAGAUCACAUUUGGCCGUUUAUCGUGCACCAGAAAACGCGAACGUCAAUUGCCAAUUCGCUAGAUAUGCACUGCAGCCAGCAACGCAACGCCAACAUGCCACAUUGUGGAACGCCGUGCCUGCGCCGACAACAGCAGCAGCCGCAGCACUUACCCCAACAGCAGCCGCUUGCUACAAUCUGCGUGCCCAGCUGCAUCAUGGUUUAUACCAUGCUGCGGCAGCAUCGACGCCACCGCCACAAGCCCAGCAGCUGCUGGUCAAUCAGCAGCGGAUUAAUGAAUGCGCCGGCAUACCGCUUAUCUCGAAUGCCAGCAGCCAUUUGACGCACGCCCAGCGACACCGUUUGUUACGCAAAUCCGCCAAAUUGUGGCCCACCUCCUCCGUCUCCGCCUCUUCUGCUGCCGCGGGACAUUCCAUGUCUCAGUUGGCGGCACAUGCGCAAGGACAGCCGCUAUUGCAGAACAACAAACUGCAUCAUGCACAUCUGCAACAGCAACAGUUGCAGCAGCAACACUCGCUGCAAUCCUGGCCGGCACAUGCCGCCAUCAGCUAUCAGGCGAUGCGUCACAACAGCAACAACAACUUUCAAAUGACGGACAAAUCGCGCACGCUGCGCUAUCAAAACUCAGCACCAGCUGUGCUCAACUCACAAGAACAGCAGCAACAAACCAGCAACGGCAGCAACAGCAUUGCUGGCCAGGAUCAGGCAACAAGCGUGGCGGAUAGUUGUCUGCCGCGCAUCAUAAAGCCACGCAAGCGUCGCAAAAAGGAUCGCAAGCCGGCCAAUGGAGUGCUGCUCAAAAUGGAUGCCGAACAAAUGCAACCCAAACUGCAACAGCAUCAGCAAACACACCAGCAACACCAACAUCAGCAGCAGCAGCACACAAAUUAUGCACAACAACUGUUGCCCAUCAGCAACUGCCACAUGCAACACCACGAUCACAGUCAUGGCGUCUGCUUCUGUCGCGACUGUGAUCCGUUGCGUUCACUGUGGGAUUAUCCGUUGCGUCGCUCGCACUCGGAUGCCUCGGGUGGAUCGGUUGGCGGCAGCUCGAGCAACGCCUCGUCAUCGUCCACGCACUCGGAUAACUCGUGUGCCAGCUCAAUUUGUUCGGCGGCCGCAAACAAUUUCGAUGAGACGACGGAACACUUUGCGCCCAUCACCGGCGACAGCAGUCGCGCCGAAAUUGUGGGCGUCAUUGGCUCCCAGCGCAGUCAUGCCCACACAGCAACAACGCUGGCAACAACAGCAACUGCAACACAAAAAACAACUACAACACCAGCAGCAACAACAGCAGCAGCAGCAACAACUUUGUAUCUAAGCGACUCGAAUGAUUCAGGGUAUGGCGACAUCCUAAGCGGCAUGAAUAUUGCCAACGAUCUGUUUGCCAGCUGCUUCAACAAGCAUGCGGCCAACGCAUCAUCAUCAUCAGCUGCAUCCAACUGCAGCAGCAGCAGCAAUGCAGCCAGCGCCGAGACGCUGCUCAACGAGAGCAUCAACGAGAUUUCGCGCAAGCUCAUCGAGACAUGCGCGGUGAAUGAGCUGCCCACGAGUCAGGCCAGUCAUCAGGGAUUGUUUGGUGGUGGUGGUGGUGGUGAUGGUGGUGGAUGCAGUGCCGCCAGUGACGAUGCCAGUGAGAACAGCUGCUCGGCAUCCGGCAGCGACAGUGGCUUGGAUAGCGCUGGCAGCUAUUGCUCCGAGGCGCUUGUCUUCAACUUUGAACAUUUAAAUCUGAUGGAUGCUGGUUUAGUGACGCCCACAGCGACAGAUUUUCAUAUCGUUGACUGCAACAACAACAACAACAACAAAUGCAACAACAAGCAACAAUUUUAUAACAAUUGCUUUGACUUGGUGUGGCGCAGCAGCAACAACGACAGCAACACUCAAAUGACAGCUGCCACACCCACAACAUCUUUAAUACUGGGCACGGUUGGAAAACUGAAGCCAGCAUUUUCCACCAUCUCGUGACGACUACAAAGACGAUGACAACGAUCAACGACCAAAUCAAAAAAAAAAAAAAAAAAAGCAAA